AUGGCCGAUCCUGCUCCCCCUGUACUGUUCACAUCGCUAGAAAUUGACGAAUCUGCCGCAAAUGAGACCGACACCGACUCCGCUUUCGGCUCAGAAGACGGCAGCUCCACUUCGUCAAUCACCUCGAGUAUUCUCAGAUAUCGACAAGAGAAUGGCCGAACAUACCAUGCCUACAAAGACGGCCAAUAUGUGAUGCCGAAUGAUGAGCGAGAGCAAGAAAGGUUGGACUUGCAGCAUCACCUUUUCCUAAUUACAUUUGAAGACAAGAUGUAUCUCUGCCCUGCGGGUCGAGACGGCCACAAAAUCCACAACGUCCUUGACGUUGGAACUGGCACUGGCCUCUGGGCUAUGGACUUUGCAGACGAAAACCCGAAUGCGUCUGUCAUUGGGAUUGACCUAAGCCCCAUUCAGAGUCCUUUCGUCCCACCAAACUUGACUUUCCAGAUCGACGAUAUCGAAGAGCCCUGGACGUUCAAUGUUCAGUUUGAUUUCAUCUAUAGCCGUAUGAUGACAGCCUCACUCGCUGAUUGGCCUGGCUUCUUUAAGAGAGCCUACGACAGCUUGGCACCAGGUGGCUGGAUGGAAUUAGCCGAUAUCUUCCCCAUUACCAGUGACGAUGGUACCCUUAGGGAAGGUUCAGCUACUCACGAAUGGGUAACGAAACUGCUGGAGGGCACGAAGCUCAUUGGAAGACCUUUCGAUGGAGCCGAUAAGUAUAAAGAGCAGCUUGAAGCCCAGGGUUUCCAAAACGUUCAGCAAGUUGUGUUCAAAUGGCCUCAGAACACUUGGCCCAAGGAUGCUAAGCACAAAGAGCUUGGUGCAUGGAACCUUGAGAACAUUUCUUCUGGGCUUGAUGGACUUAGCUCAGCUGUCUAUACUCGCGUGCUCGGGUGGUCUAAGGAAGAGCUUGACGUUCUACUGGCCAAGGUUCGACGCGAAUUGAAAGACAAGAGCAUCCACGCGUACUGGCCUAUAUACGUUGUCUAUGGACAAAAGCCUGAGAAAUGA